AUGGCUAUGUCCAAGUACGAAACCGUCAUCUGGGAAGACAAGAUGAAAGACGCCAUCAAGUACUCGCUGAUAGCUCUUGGCCGUGCGAUAUACGGGGACAGCCUCGAGAGUGACUGCGUAGUUAUUUCCUACAAGCAAAGAAAUUUCGCGCCUGGACCUGCCAAAUACAGGUCUGCCCUGAUCACGUACGACGCACCGGACGACAACUUCUGGAGGGUUGUGCACUGGGGAGAGUCAUCAAAAUCUUCUGUCGGUGCGAGCUUGGAGGCACUUCUGGAAGAGUUGCGUGAGCUGAUGGAAGCACAUAUAAGUGAGUCUCCUACCACGCUCACUGAACAAGCUUUCUGUACUUUAAUGCUGACUUGA